AUGAAAAGUAUAAUUUUAAUCUUUUUGUUGUUUUUUUUAACUUACGCUCACACUGUCAAUAAUAAUCAAUCCUUUGCCAACGUUUUCACGUCGUAGGUGCAAGUGCCAAGACAAAUUGAAACAAAUACAACGGAAAAGCUGACUCCGGACGAGGAUAAAUUCUUUCAAAGUUGGUUACAAAAUAUUCUGGGUUACGAUAUUUCAUCGGCGACUAGUACAUCGAUACCGAUCAAGCCUAGCCACGAUGCAACGGGCUGUCCACCGUGCACUUGUGGAAUAACGAAUAAGCAGAAGAGAAUCGUCGGUGGAGUCGAAACUCAAGUCAAUGAGUACCCAUGGGUGGCUCUUUUACUGUACAGGGGCCGAUUUUAUUGUGGCGGUAGCGUUAUCAAUUCAAAGUAUGUCUUGACAGCUGCUCACUGCGUCGACAGAUUUUCAAAAUCAUCUAUUAGCGUGCGUAUUCUCGAGCACGAUCGAAACUUGACCACCGAGUCGACUACUCAAGAUUAUCGUGCGAAAGAAGUCAUCAAGCACGUAAGCUAUUCCACUGCCAAUUACAACAAUGAUAUCGCUCUUAUAAAGAUCGAUGGUGAAUUCAAGUUCGACCAUCGCAUGAGACCGGUUUGCAUGGCCGAAAAAUUAAAAACUUUCACCGGAAUGACGGGCAUUGCAACCGGUUGGGGAGCCACUUCGGCCGGGGGACCAGUUUCCAACACUCUGCGAGAGGUCAGCGUGCCAAUUUUAUCAAACGCCGAGUGUCGUGCUUCUAAGUAUCCGGCGAGAAAAAUCACCGAUAAUAUGCUCUGCGCUGGCUACAAGAAAGGACAAAAGGACUCUUGUCAGGGAGACAGCGGUGGUCCUCUGCACGUUCAAAAGGAAGGCCUGCACAGAAUAGUCGGAGUCGUAUCGUGGGGCGAGGGAUGUGCUCAGCCUGGUUUUCCUGGCGUUUAUACCCGAGUAAAUCGCUUUAUUACCUGGAUCGAGCGUAAUACACAAGACGCCUGUACUUGUUCCGAUGAAGUCAUUAUAAAAAGAAAUUCAUUUUGA